AUGAACAAAGAAUAUAGCGAGCCCUUCGUCGAGCAGCACGGCAUUGAAUACAAUUCAAGAGCAUACGACGAUCAGGAUCCUUUUGGUCAUGAAGCGGGUCAUCAAAUCAAAUACAAGACGCUCUCAUGGCAGCUUGUCGCAGUGCUGAUGAUAGCCGAGAUUGUAUCUAACGGCAUGCUGUCCCUGCCAUCCUCUCUCGCCGUUGUUGGCAUCGUGCCGGGAGUGAUUUUGAUCGUGUUCUUGGGCAUAUUCGCGACGUACACGUCUUACUUGCUCGUGCAGUUCAAGCUUCGUCAUCCCGAGGUCCAUUCCAUGGGAGAUGCUGGUUAUAUCCUUUUCGGGCCGGCUGGACGGGAGCUGCUUGCUUUUGGGACCAUCGUCUUUGCCGUCUUCGCCACUGGGGGCCAGCUUCUCGCCGGACAGAUCGCGCUGGCCGCGCUGUCGGACAACAAACUGUGCUUGAUGUUGUACACGGGCAUCUUUGCCGUCCCAACUCUGCUCCUCUCGUUCCCGCGCACUCUCGACGGCUUGUCGUGGAUCAGCAUUCCCUCAGUGUUAAGUAUUCUAAUCGCCGGAAUCGUUGGUAUGGUCGGCGCAGGCAUCCAUCCAGCAGUCAAUCAUCACAUCGACGUGGUGAAAACAACGUCGUUUUACACCGCAUUCAUAAGCAUUACCAACCCAGUUUUUGCAUAUGCCGGCCAUUUCAUGUUCUUUAUCUUGGUUUCUGAGAUGAAGCGGCCUCAGGAUGCGAUGAAAGCAGCUUACACUCUGCAGGGAUUUGCCACAACCUUCUAUGCUGUCUUCGCCGUCGUCUGUUACGUCUACCUCGGAAAUGGAGUCGCCAGUCCUGCUUUCAGCUCACUGGAGACCAAGUGGGCAAAAGCUGCAUAUGGAAUUGCCAUUCCGAACUUCUUGAUCGCGGGGUCGUUGUACGCACACACGGCUGCAAAGUUGAUUUUUGUCCGUCUGUUCCGCAAGAGCAAGCAUUUACAUUCGCACACUUUCCUCGGGUGGGGAACCUGGUUUUCUCUAUGCUUGAUAAUGAAUGCUGCCGCAUUCGCAUUGGCGGUAGGAGUGCCAAUAUUCAAUUAUCUGAUUGGAAUCGCCGCAUCCUUGUUUGCUUCAUGGUACACCUAUGGAAUCGCGGGAGCAUUCUGGCUCCACGACGCUUAUUAUGACGGUGAUGGACUCCACACGUGGAUCAGAAAAUGGCCAAAGGCAUUACUGGCUACGGCUACAUUCGUUGCCGGUGCUUUCAUCUGUGUUGCUGGCACCUAUGUUACCAUUCGCGGUAUUGUAGAUGCUUAUAAUACCGGCAGUGUGGGAAAACCCUUCAGUUGUUGA